CUCAUCGAUUAUCGACAAUACCACGCUCAUUACUAUCGUACCACCCCCAACUACCUACCACUACAACAACAGCACCACUACUACUUACCGCCCAUCAAAAAAUGACUCGUGCAACAGAAACCAUUUCCAUCGCACUGCUCCUCAGCUCCCUCUACCUAGCAGCAUACCUCCGCCUAAUCCCCUUCCCGGACAAGAUCCAAGAGGAGAUUAUCCCCGUCCUACCGUUCUGGGGACUCGUCUCGUUCGGUUCGUACCUGCUUUUCUCGCUUGGGUGGGGUAUUGUCACGUUUCGGGAUACGGAGGAGGCGUAUAAGGAGCUUGUGGUUGAGAUUGAGACGGCGAAGAGGGAGUUAAGGGGCAAAGGGGUUGAUGUUGAUUAAAUUUUUGUUUCUCGCUAUGUGAAUGUGGGGGAAGGGGUUGAAAAGUUGGUUCUUUUGUAGAUCCGGCUAUCGUGGUGGAGUGGGGAGAGGAGGGCUGUUAUUAAUGAAUGAGGGGUGGGGGGAGGAGGAUGAAGUGGCGAGUUAAGGAUAUCUUGAAUUGAAGUGCUCUAUUGGCGUCUA